AAUAUACAUGCUCCCAGUGGGAGAAAUUGGGAGAAAACGAACGCAGGGCUCUCAUUUCAAGUGCAAAAAUGUUUGGGGAUUUCAAACAACGCGAACAACACGUGUCGCUAGGGAAAAGAGAAGAUGCGGAGCACAACGAAGCAUUGGAAUCUUUUCAGUGUGAAAUUAAGAAGUUUAUCGUUUGCUUUUUGCUAAUUUGACUUGGGUUUAGAGAAGGCACGAAUACGUGAGGCUGUUAUAUAUCUUAUAUCAAAGAAUAUAUAUUUAUUUUUAUAUUUACUGAAGCACGUCAAAAACAGAGGAAAUAAGAUGGAUAAAAAAUGUACUCCUGAAGAAAUUGAGAAAAAGCGUUUAUUAGCGCUGCAAAGAAGGCAGGAAGCUCAAUUAAAGGCGCAAAUUUUAUCUAAAGAUAGUCCAGCACGUCAACAAACACAUUUAAGCGACAGCACAAAUGUCGUGCGACUGAACAAAUCAAAUGUUCGUUUCAAUCCUAUAGAACCCAGAAAUUUUUUCAGUCAAGCUUCGAACGUAACAGGAAAAUGUUACAUGAUCAGCCAAGACAGAUUUGCCGUAGAGUUAUCGGCCUUUGUACCUGAGAUCGUUGAAAUAUUCAAGACGGUUCCAAGCAGAGUAUACGACUUGAAAACUAGAAUAUGGAAUUUUCAUCUCAACGAUUAUGACGGUUUAUUGCAAAAACUGACGUCCAACAACUGUAACAUAACUGUCACGAGAAUACCAGAGGCUGUCUUUCAGAUAUUCAAGAGAAACUUAAAGUUGGACAAUCAAGUCAAAUCGGAACAAGAUUUAUCAAAAAUUGAUAAAAAGUUGUUGGAUACUUUAAUGCCGUUUCAACGAGAUGGCAUUUGUUAUGGUAUAUCGAAGAACGGCCGUUGCAUGAUUGCAGAUGAUAUGGGUUUGGGAAAAACUAUACAAGCGUUGGGCAUAGCACAUUAUUUCAAGGAUAGUUGGCCCCUCCUAAUUGUAGCACCUUCAUCGGUCAAGUUCCAGUGGUCUGAAGCAAUUUAUGAAUUUUUACCAUCCAUACCUACACAUUACAUUCAUCAUUUUGCAAGUACAAAGGAUCGCAUUGAAGAUGACAAAAUUACCAUAACGUCAUACGACUUGUUGGCACGAAACGUACACGUUUUCGAGAGACAUAUUUAUGGAUUUGUUAUUCUGGAUGAAUCUCAUGUUUUGAAGAGCACUAAAACCGCGAGAUUUCAAGCUGCUCAACGAAUAUGUGCUCAUGCACGUCAUAUUGUAUUGCUCACGGGCACUCCGGCUCUGUCGAGACCAAGCGAAUUAUAUUCACAAAUUAGCCUUAUCACGACACGAUUUCUGAGUUACGACGACUAUGGUAUGCGAUAUUGCGGAGGACAGAGAGAUGUGUAUAGUUGGGAAUAUACAGGUUGUUCAAAUAUGCAAGAAUUGCAAUCAUUACUCAAGGUCAAUUGCAUGAUUCGAAGAAUGAAAACUGAUGUCCUACAUCAGUUGCCAUCCAAGAUGAGGCAGGUGAUUAUUUUAGAUUCAGAUUUGAUCAAAACUGGCAAGCAAAUGAAGGAGAUGUCGAGGAAAAUGGAGAAAACUGCCACGGCUUUAGAAAGGCACACGACUCUACUGCAAUAUUAUACCGAGUCUAGCUUUGCAAGACUGAAGGCAGUACGCAAGUACGUUGCAAACUUGUUUGAAAAUAAGAAAAAAUGCCUUUUGUACGCUCAUCACCAAAAUGUUUUGGCCGCCAUUUGCGAGGUUGCUAAAUCUAUGAAUGUACGGUACAUAAGGAUUGACGGCAAAACGAGUCCGGAGCAAAGAAAACUUCAGGUCGACUUAUUUCAAGAACGCGAUGACUAUAUGGCAGCGGUUUUGUCAAUCACCGCCGCGAAUGCGGGUAUUACGUUAACGGCCGCACAUCUCGUGGUCUUUGCCGAAUUAUUUUGGAAUCCCGGUAUCUUGUGCCAGGCGGAAGACAGAGUGCACAGAAUCGGGCAAAACGAUACCGUCGUAAUCCAGUACUUGGUGGCGAGAAACACUGCGGACGAUUAUAUAUGGCCGUUGAUCAAUAAGAAGAUGAACGUCCUCAACUCGGUCGGCCUCAAACAGGAUUUCUCGAUAAGUAACAUCGACGUCGCGAUGCUGGAGGAAACGCAGCCUUCCCUAACGUCAUUCCUCAAUAGAUGCUCGGCCUCCGAAGGAUCGCAGCGUGAUAAGGAUCUCCAAGAAGCCCAAGAAGCGUCUACCUCAAGCGAUUUCAAAGAGUUACUCGACGUCGACGAGGAGUGCUUUGACUCCUGCGCUUGGGAUAAUAUUGCGUGAUUGCGCAAUAAUUUUGUGUUUAUUUCAUCAACAACUAUUUUUUGUACGAAAGAAGAAUAAAAAGUUCCGUAUGUUCCAUCUAGAA